AUGGAGGGGAGCGGCGGCGGCGGCGGCGACCACUUCAUCCUCGUCCACGGCCUCGGCCACGGCGCGUGGUGCUGGUACAAGCUGGUGCCGAUGCUGCGCGCCGCGGGGCACCGCGUCACCGCGCUGGACAUGGCGGCGUCGGGCGUGCACCCGGCGCGCAUGGACGAGGUGCCGUCCUUCGAGGACUACUCGCGGCCGCUGCUCGACGCCGUGGCCGCGGCGCCGGCCGGCGAGAGGCUGGUCCUGGUCGGGCACAGCCUCGGCGGGCUCAACAUCGCGCUCGCCAUGGAGAGGCUCCCGCGCAAGGUCGCCGCGGCCGUGUUCCUCGACGCGUGCAUGCCGUGCGUCGGCCGGCACAUGGGCGUCACCAUGGAGGAGUUCUCCAGAAGAACCACGCCGGAUUUUUUCAUGGACAGCGAGAGGAUGGUUCUGGAGACGAGCGAGGGCCCUCGAGCUGCACUCGUGUUUGGCCCCAAAUUGUUGGCAGCAAAACUGUACGGUCGAAGCCCAGUUGAGGACCUGACGCUGGCCACGAUGCUGGUGAGGCCCGGCCGCCAGUUCGGGGACGACGCGAUGGUGAAGGACGAGACGCUGCUCACCGACGCCAACUACGGGUCGGUGAAGAAGGUGUACGUGGUGGCCAUGGAGGACGCUGCUUUCUCCGAGGACAUGCAGCGCUGGAUGGUCGACCUGAGCCCCGGCACGGAGGCCGUGGAGAUCGCCGGAGCCGACCACAUGGCCAUGUUCUCCAAGCCCAGGGAGCUCUGCGAUGUUCUGCUCGGGAUCGCCAGCAAGCAUGACUGA